UUUCCUAUUGUAUGCAGAAUGAACAGUGCCACAUAGAAGCAUCAUAGAAUCACAGAAUAGCUAGGUUUGGAAAGGACCUUAAGAUCAUCUAGUUCCACCCCCCCUGCCAUGGGCAAGGACACCACACACUAAACCAUGUUACCUAAGGCUCUGUCCAGCCUGGCCUUGAACACUGCCAGGUGUAAUGGUGUGUUCAGUGGCGUUUUCCAGCCAAGCCAUCCCUUGUUAUGAACUGGUCUGGAUGCAGUAGUGGCAGGUUUUGUGAAUUAAAGCCUUCCCAACAAUUGCAGUGUAGGAGUUACAAAGAAAAAGAUGAAACACUUUAUUUUUAUCAUUUUAAUUGGGGUUCUCUUAAUGUAGGAGAGAAAAAGUUAUUUGAACAGGUACUGCUGCUAAAAUGGAAUGCUGCCACUUCCUGUGCUAUUGCUGUAGGGAUAGAGGGUACCAUGAGCAGAAUGGAAUCACAUCCUUACAUAAUUUUAAAUUUGGGCCACUCUUUAUGAGGCUAUGUUAUGAGCUAGAUCUUGAACGACCUGCAGUAGAACUUAUCAAAGAUCAGAAUUUGCAUGGUUUUUUCUCGGAGAGUACAUCAUUCCAUAUUUUGAUGACAAUGUUAUUUAAAAAGGGCCAUUUUGAAAGUGCUUUGGAAGUUCUGGUUGAAAUGAAAAAACAAAGUAUACCUUUCAGCAAAGAAACCUAUCUAAUUGCAUUUGCAAUAUGCUACAAACUGGACAACCUGGAAUCUUGCAAAAUCUGUGAGAAACUGCUUGAAGAAGCACAGCUAAAAGGUGACGCAUUACCACUGCGAGCAUACUGCUUUGCUGUGGCAACUGCUCUGAAGCAGAAUGAUGUUUCACAAGCCAAAUUUUAUUGUUCCCGGAUAUUGAAAAGAGAGAGCAGACUAUACAAUAAUCUUAAAGUUCUUGUCCAGCUCAGAUCUGGUUUGCUAGAAGAAGUAAUAAGGACAUUAGAGGCAGCAGUGAAAGUUCAUACUCCUCCCUUUGUGAAAAAAAUUGAGUUUUCUGAGCAGGUGCUGGCUGCAGUCAGGGAAAAGAUGGAAGAAAAUGCCUACCUUUCUGCCAAAUUAAGAGAUAUUCAUAUGAAACUACAAGCUUCAGGACAGAUAACCAUGUGCACCCUAGAAGACAUGCUUUUCCAGAUUCCUAGUUCAAAGAAGAUCCCUGCAAAGCUUUUCAGUCAGAAGCUAUUGGGCUAUCAAGCUGCUAAACCACUUUGGUUGAAUCUAUUAUUGGAAUAGUUGAAUAUAUGAUGGCACACUGAACUGCUGUUAGCAUCUCUUAGAAGCCACAUUCAAGUGAAAUGUCUUCUCCUCUCCUCCAGAAUGAGCAAUUGUUUGUUUGUCUGAAACUGCACAUCAUGUGUAAAAUACACAUCAUGUAGCUUUCACAUUUCAAUUUUGAUGAUAAAAACAAGCCAUGACAAUGUA